UCUUUCCUUGUAGUGGAUCAAUAACUGCAUAGGAAGAAAAAAUUACAAAAGGUUCUUCAUCCUCAUGGUGUUUGCUCUUCUCUUGCUUAUUCUGCAGUGGGCUGUUGGGAUGCUUGUGCUGAUACUGUGUUUUGUUGAGAGAAGGAGAUUUUCUGCUGAAAUUGUUUCAAAGCUGGGUAGUAGCUUUUCCUUGGCACCCUUUAUCAUUGUGGUGGCUGUGUGCACUUUAUUAGCCAUGGUUGCUACUCUUCCAGUUGCACAACUUUUCUUCUUCCAUAUUCUUUUAAUAAAAAAGGGAAUCAGCACCUAUGAUUACAUUAUUGCUUUGAGGAAGCAAGAUCAGGAGCAGGAGCAACUUGCUGUUGGUGGGCAGCAAAGUCCGCAAAUGUCCCAAGUGAGCUCUUUUACUGGACUAAGCAGCACCAGUUCUUUCAAUCAAUUCCAUCGCGGUGCAUGGUGUACUCCGCCAAGAUUAUUCCUUGAGGAUCAGGUAUCAUACUUUCAUUAUUUAGAAAGUUAUUGUGAAUGUAAUUUACCAUGGUUAAGAUUAUUUUGA